CAAAAGCGAAUUCAAGUACCAGUUAUCUACCAACUUUCCAGCAGCUCACUGUAAAAAAAAAAAAAAACAAAUUAAAAAAUGGCAUUCAAAUACUGCAUCCUGUUCGCUGUUGUUGCCGCUGCCAGCGCUGCCGUACUUCCGGUGGCCGUGAAGCAUAUCGAAUAUACGGAUGCUCCGGCCGAGUACCAGUUCGAGUACUCCGUGCAUGAUGAUCAUACCGGAGACAUCAAGAGCCAGCACGAGGAGCGUCACGGUGACAACGUCGUUGGACAGUACACUCUGAUUGAUGCUGAUGGCUACCGCCGAGUGGUCGAAUACACCGCCGAUGAGCACAACGGAUUCAACGCCGUCGUUCGCCGUGAGCCUGUGAAGACUGCUAUCCCAGUCGCCAAGGUCGUUGCCCCCAUUGCCAAGGUUUACGCUGCUCCUAUCGCCAAGGUCGCUGUCCCGGUUGCCAAGGUUGCCUACCCAGCUUACCACUACUAAGUUGGUUGAAAAAUGUGUUGAUAGUAAGUUGGCUAGUUCAAUAAAUAAAAUCCUGUUGUAAAUUA